AUGAUUCGAGCACCAUCUCCCAGACGCCAGCACCAUCUCCAAGACACCAGCAUCCUCUCCAAGACACCAGCAUCCUCUCCAAGACACCAGCAUCCUCUCCAAGACACCAGCAUCAUCUCCAAAACACCAGCAUCAUCUGCCAGACACCAGCACCAUCUCCAAGACACCAGCACCAUCUCCAAGACACCAGCAUCAUCUCCAAGACACCAGCACCAUCUCCAAGACACCAGCAUCAUCUCCAAGACACCAGCAUCAUCUCCAAGACACCAGCAUCAUCUCCAAGACACCAGCAUCAUCUCCAAGACACCAGCACCAUCUCCCAGACACCAGCAUCAUCUCCAAGACACCAGCAUCAUCUCUAAGACACCAGCAUCAUCUCCAAGACACCAGCAUCAUCUCCAAGACGCCAGCAUCAUCUCCAAGACACUAGCAUCAUCUCCAAGACACCAGCAUCAUCUCCAAGACACCAGCAUCAUCUCCAAGACACCAGCAUCAUCUCCCAGACACCAGAUAAUAGUAAAUAUUCCUGGGAAGCAAGGAACCGUUUCCAUCGACAGAUACAGUAAACCUGGCAAGACAGCCAACAGGCGGCCACAUACAGGGGCCCACGACUAA